CUUGUCUCUGUACACCCAAAUUCCGCCGUAGAACCAGUCCGCGCCGAGGUUGUCCCAGUACGGGUACUUGUCCGGCUGGUUCUUCGGGUACGGGUACGAGCCCACCUUGUCGCUCCCCUUGAGGUCGGCCCAGACGAACUUGCCGCUGUCGUGGCCGAAGACGAACAUGUUGCCCUCGGGGUACGCGCUGCCGAAGGAAGAUUGGUCCCAUAAUACCACGGCGCCGGCCCCGUUCAAAGCGUUGCAAGCGUUGGGGCUAGAACUGCCCGAUUCCUGCACCCCCUCGUCGCACGAGCGAUCCUCGCACGUGAAGCUGUCGAACACGACUUUUUUGCCGCCGUAACUCGCGAAGCAGUCACCGUAGAGGCCUUGCUGGCGGAUGCCGGGGUUCGACGCGACGAUGAAGUCGCCCUUGAACCACAGGUCCCCGAGCCCCGCCCCGGCCCAAAGAGCCAGCGCGUCGUCCCCGGAAUUGGCGACGAAUAAAUCCUCAAACGUCACUUGGCCAGGGGCUCUCCCUGCCAGUGAUUUUGUUCUCGAUUGGUUUCGGAACUCGAGAUCGCGCCGUUGUAGUCCUUCGAGACGCGUCGGACGGCCGUUCCAAAACCACUAGAUUUCACGUGCGACGUCGUCGCGCGAUGACACUGGCUUCUAGGAGCCAAAGAGCAUGCUAGCGUUCAGUAAGACACUAGCGAGCUUUUUUUUUGUUGCACGAGCGCAAAGGAUCGCAUACGAGCGCUAUCAGGCCGUAGCUGCGUGCAGUCUCUCGUGACCUGCGACCUGCAGCACUUAUUGUGCUGACAACUCCUAGCCACGCACAGAACUGCUCCUAUUUUGGAGGUUGCUCUCCUGAUUGCAAUAAGGCAUUAGCAGCAUGCUCGUCGUCCUCUCCCGCGCGACGCGCCGCACGCCGCUGCUGCGCGCGCUAGCAACCCACACCAGCCCCCACGGCACGAUAACCCCACCGAACCAGUCGUUCACUGAAUACGUGGCAGCGAAAGUCCAGCAACACGACCCGAACAAGCCCAUGUUGGUUGAUGCAUUAAGCGGCCAGACUUUAACUUUUGGACAGUUCGCGCCGCGCGUCGCGCGAGCGGCGGAGCGGUUGAAGACGGCCGCGUCGAAGCCGUUCGGGGCUGGCUCCACAUUACUCAUCCAUUCGCCGAAUUGUGUGGAUUUUCCCGUCGCCUUCCAUGCGGCUUUGGCUCUUGGUGGUGUCGUGUCGACGUCGAACCCACUCUAUACGCCUCGGGAACUGGCCCAUCAAAUCUCCGAUUGUGGCGCGUCUCACAUCCUCACGGUUGGUGUUUUCCAUGACACCGUGAAAGAAGCUGUGGAGUUGUCUGGAAGCGACGCGACGAUUGGCGUGUUAGGUACCGAUUCAAGCAUCUGCCAGGAUGGCGCAGAUGGUGGUGCCGGUACCUUCUCCUUAGCUGAUGGGGACAGAACCGCGAUCGGCGGCGGCGUCGUAUCCACAUCCGAACCCUUCGACGCUUCUUCAUGCCUAGCAGCGCUACCGUACUCGUCAGGCACGACGGGCCUCCCCAAAGGCGUCAUGCUCACGCAUGGGAAUCUAGUCGCGAACUUGGAGCAGACCUAUGAGCUAGUGAAGCGGGCGCGACCGGACCUACUAGGAGACAAUGAUGUACUGUUAGGAUUACUCCCCAUGUUCCACAUCUACGGCAUGGUCACGAUCCUCCACUACUCGAUGAUCCACGGCUCGACGCUCGUAACUUUGCCGAAUUUCGAGCCCGAGACGUUCUUGAAAGCGAUUGCGCAGCAUCGCGUGAACGUCGCCCACCUGGUGCCGCCCCUCAUCCUAUUCCUGGCCAAACAUCCGGCCGUCAAGCCCGAGAUGAUUUCGUCGCUCGAGUGCAUCAUGAGCGGCGCGGCGCCGCUCGACGCGCACACGCAGCAGGAAGCGGCGACGCGCAUCGGCUGCGAGGUCGUGCAAGGCUAUGGCAUGACCGAGACGUCGCCAGUGUUGACCAUUGAUUGUGUCAAGGGCGGCAAGCCGGGUGCUGCUGGCCAAUUGGUACCUUCUACGGAAGCCUGUCUGAAAGUAGCAGAUCCGGCCUCACCAUCGGGCUUUAGGGACGCGGCACCCGGCGAAGAGGGCGAGUUGUGGUGCAAGGGGCCCCAGGUCAUGCCCGGUUACCUCAACAGGCCGGACGCGACGGCCGAGACCCUUGUAGAUGGGUUUGUGAGAACCGGAGACAUCGCCACGGUCGAUAACGAGGGCAAUUUUUUCAUCGUGGACCGCGUCAAGGAGCUCAUCAAGGUGAAGGGGUUGCAAGUGGCGCCGGCGGAGCUCGAAGGUUUAUUACUCACCCAUCCCGCGGUCGCCGACGCGGGAGUGGUCGGAGAGCCCGAUCAACGCACUCCGGGUGAUGAAAGACCCCAUGCGUUUGUAGUACUGAAACCAGAAACGCAACUGUCAGCAGUGGACGUCACGAACUUCGUGGCGGGCCGCGUCGCCGCGUACAAGCACAUCCAGAACGUGACAUUCGUGCCGGAGAUCCCUAAGUCCGCGUCGGGCAAGAUUCUUAGGAGAGUGCUGCGCGACCGGCUCAAGGAGGGCUCUACCCAGCAGUAAGUUCAAGAAUCUUGGU